AUGACCUUCCCUGACCCGCCUUCGACCAGCAACUAUGCUCAACUGAACGCGGUGACUUCGGCUCGGCUCAACACUGUCACGGCGUGUCUACAGCUCCGCACCUCAAAAACAUCGGUCGGGACUUUGUUCAGCUACGCCGCCUCUGUUAAUCACACAGAUGAGAUGGUGUUUUCUGGCAAUGCCCAUGGGGAAUACGCGCUCACUAUAAAUGGAACUUCUACAGACGAGAUCUAUCUUGACGUCCAUGACGGCAGAUGUCACACGGUGUGUUUCACCUGGAAAGGCUCACACAACGGUCGCUGGUCUUUCUACGUGGAUGGGGAGCAAGCUUACAAUGGUGCUGACCUGUCAUGCUUCAACGUGUGGAACUAUAUACUUACACCGGGGGAAGCUGAUCUCACCCGCCGUAGAUGUGGCAUUGGGGGCAACGUGUUUGAUUGGUCCAGUCAACCAUGGACGAUACAUGGGGGUGUGGCACUUCUCGACAACCAAUGUGACGCAUUUCGUCAUCCCAUCAUGACGGCAUCGUCACAGUAUAGCUCCUUCCAUGGACCCGCCAACGGGGUACUGGACUUCAAAGAGACAUCGUCCCUAGCAGGUGCUUGGACUCCUGGACAAGCAGAUCUUAACCAGUGGCUGAAGGUGGAUCUUCAGAAGACGUACUUUGUAACAGCGCUCGUCACCCAGGGAAGGAACAAAUGUCCGUGUCAUCGCAGCAUUUCUCUUCAGUGGGUUUCCUCAUACUACAUCACAUACGGGGCAGACAAUGGCGACAAGGUCGUCUACAAGGAUGACGACGAGCUGACGGUAGUGUUCCCUGGGAUCGCGGAUGGUGACGUACCCGUGAGGCAUGAGCUGUCAGACUACAGCGGUCCAAUCGCCGCCCGUUACGUCAUGUUCCACCCACUGUCAUGGAUCCACCAUAUUGCCAUGAGGGCGGGACUGGUAGUCCAUUCUGCUUUAGAGCCCGUGGGUCGGUGGCCGCUGAACGAACAGUAUGGUGCAACGGAUGCUACCGGAAACGGAAAUGACGGCAUAGCUUCAGGAACGGAGUUGGUGGAGGGUCCCACAGGUUCACAAUCUCAGGCUUUCUUGUUCAGCGGCCCUGAAGCGUCAUACAUCAACAUUACAAACAACGGCAAGCUGGACGUGCGGUACGCCUACACCAUACUGGCCCACAUCUACCCUACUGGAGAAGGUAUCCCUUUGCCUGAAGGUCUUCAAGUGACAAGCAUCACAGAAACAUCUCUUCAGGUCUCAUGGAUCCAAACGAGCAACGCCCUCGUUAUCGCUUACCGGGUGUGGAUCAGGCGUAGUGAUACUGGCGAGAGCGUCUUCACUCACAUGUUGCCUACUACUAAAACGGUUGUGACGUUUGAGGACCUCAUCCCUAGCAUGGAGUAUAUCAUAUCAGCUAUAAACAUCUACAGGCAUCAGGAAGGACCAGAAGCAAACUUGACAGUUGCAACAAAAACCGACCCUCCAGGGUCAUUAGAAGCUGUAGAUUGGACCAUCAACACAAUAACCAUUUCGUGGCUACCGCCCAAAGCUGUGCUCAUCGGAUACAACAUCACCUACAGUGGGAGAGGAGGAAGUACUCUCAUAACAAAGCCAGGAGACGUGGACAGGUGUGAAUUGACAGGUCUGGUUCCUGGUACCCGGUAUGACAUAGACGUUGUGGCUGUGAGCAGGCUGGGGAGGAGCGUUGCCGUCAGUACAAGUGUUGUUACAGACACCGAUCCGCCCUCGGGUUUGAACGUCAUCACAGCCGGUGCCACGUGGAUGUGCUUGGAAUGGGAAGCGUCAUUGGCAAACAUCAUGUACUACGAUCUGGAUAUUGCAGACGAAGAUGGCAGCGCCAAUAUUUGGCUGAGCGUUGAGGGACACAAAACAUCCUACAACGUCACCAAUCUUCUGUCAGAAACCGAAUACGUCAUCAAGAUGGCGGCCUUCAGCGAGUAUGGUCGAAGUGGGCUUCAUCAGUUAGAACAAGACAUAGAAGGAACUGUUUUGGAAGCUGCACGACCAGACAACAUUCUUGAGAUGGCGACCAUCAUCAAUGACAUCAUACAGGCUCACACCAAGUCUUCGCUAUCGUCGACAAUGGUGAAAUCUACUGCACAGCUCGUGAGGAAGCUUGCAGAGGCCACCAGAGGAUCACAGGGAGCAUCCGUAACCACCAUGAAGGAGAUUACUAAUGUUAUGGUGCAGACAGCUUCUACUGUUCUGGCUAUGGUGCCUGAAGAGGCUAUGGUGCCUAUUCCAAGUCACGUAGACAACUUGUUUGAAAAUGACCUCAUCGACAUCUUGGCUACUGACAAUUCACCCAAGCAGCAGCUAAAGAUGCUAAGAGACGAACAGAAGGAAAGAGAAGAUACGGAACAACUAGUGGCAUUGUCUAUAGUGGAGUCUCUGGACCAGGUUGCCGACACACUACUGAUGUUGCAGCCUGAGAAUCUAGAAUAUCAGGCCAGAUUUGAAACUGAAGACAUCUCGCUCGUUGUUGCCAAACCUAUUUCAAGAGAGAACGUCAAGAUUGAAUCUGGUAACAUUGUGAUGCCUGUUUUUAAGAAGAACCCAUACUCCUGGAGCGACUUGACAGGGGGACAAAACAUCUCGUCUGCCGUGGUGGUCUUGACCAUGAACGUCAGAGGCCGUCAAAGAAACCAGCGGUUAAACCUGGACUUCCCAUUGGUACACUCCAAAACGACAGGGCAGCCAACCACAGCACGACCACACGUCACUACAAAAACACCACCUACCAUAAAAGGCAAUGGCACAACGAUGACGUACCAUGCCUUUCAUGUCCCGGAUGAUGACGUCAUUCCUAUUGUCACCAUGAGCUGGUGGGAUGUUCGAGCAGUCUUUCACGUGUACAUUAUGGACGGGUCUCGUCCUACAGUUCAAAAGUAUGCCGAGAAAAGAGUGGUACAGGGAGCCGGAUUGGAGGCGUGGUUCGCAGAGACAGAAUUUUCAUUCUCCUUCGUUCCCAACACAACAGCGCGCGGUGGACUUCUUGCUAGCCCUGACAGUGUUUGUUUUACGUGCCCAGGUCCUGUGGAUGACAAAGGCUACAACUUGCAGAUGAAUGCGGCUGCGUGUUCGUCUUGGAAGGAUCGUCAAAAGCAGUGGAGUCUAGAAGAUUGUCAAUCUACAGUACGCUUGAACGAUGGCACAAUCAGCUGUACGUGUGACAUGGCGGAGUCCAGGAUCGCGGUGGGAACCAUGACUCUUCCAGUACCAAACUCCAUCAACUUCAUCAACGCGUUCCAGAACUUCCGUAACCUGAGCGACAACGCCAUGGUGUUCUCCAUCGUGGUGACUGAGUUCGUCUUGUACAUCAUUCUCAUGCUUCUCCUGCGAAAGGACUUCAAACGUAAAUGGUCCGGUCGGGCCACCGUUUGGUCCCAGUUUCCACUAAAGGAGCUUCACGAUGUGAGCCUGAUCCCUCCUGACCGGAUGCCUGCACCUCACGUCUAUCAACUCACGGUCACCACCGGGUCAAUGUUCGGGGCAGGCACCACGUCACGGGUCGGCCUCCAACUGUACGGGUCAGAGGGCACGACCCCGAUCAAGAUAUUGAACCCAAAAAGAGAGGCUUUGGUGCGUGGAAGUACUUUACAUUUCAUCAUGCCUGUGCGAGAGUCACUGGGAGAGUUGACGUCAUUACACAUCUGGCACGAUAACUCUGGGGAAGGCGACACGUCAUCCUGGUUCCUGCGAACAGUUCUCGUCAGGGAUGUCGACACAGAUGACACGUAUUACUUCAUCUGUAAUAACUGGUUAUCGGAAACCAAAGGGGACUGUGAGGUUCAGAUGGCGGUUAACGCAAGCACAGAGGAGGAGCUGAGAUCAUUUCCAAACGUCUUCAGUGAGGCCACCAGAGAUGUGUUCUACGACGCCCAACUGUGGGUUUCUGCACUGCUAACAUCUCCAGGUUCCAGGUUUACCCGUGCCCAGCGUUUGUCCUGUUGCUUUACUCUACUGAACACCAUGAUGCUAUCCAGCGCCAUGUGGUACAGAGAAGACAACACAACUGCUGGUGCGACAGUAUACAACCUGGGGGUUGUACAGAUCACCACAGAGGAGCUGUAUAUCAGCCUCAUGUCUACCCUGACUGUUGCACCCAUCAACCUGCUGAUUGUGAAGUUGUUCCGCUGGGAGGCGCCCCUGUCUGUCAAAACACCGGAGAUGGUAGUCCAUGCGUCCCAAGGAUACCUCCGGAGAACCGUGUUUCGCCUGGCCAGGUACGUGGCGUGGGUGGCCGUGUUCCUAGUGUCCACCAGUUCCGCCUUCUUCGUCAUCCUGUACAGUAUGGACUGGGGAAGGGAGAAGAGCGACUCCUGGAUGAAGGCAUUCGUCCUGUCCUUCAUGGGGUCCAGCUGUGUCAUGGAAACCCUACAGAUUUUUGCGAUGGCUGUGGUUCUCGCUGCCGUGUGUGGUCUACCUUUCCUCACAAAGCUGCCGGCCAUUAAGAAGGACGACAUGCAGCUGAACCUAUGGAAUACGAAAGUGCCGAAGAAGGUCUAUCCUCCUGUUAACGCGAAUCGCCAAUGGGCUAAAAAGAAGAAGGAUCUGAGUAAGAAGUCAGCCUCGGUACUGAUGGAGUUAUUCCUCCUGUUUGUGUUCGUGGGAGUCCUCUUCUACAUCGCCCAGGCCAGUAAUGAUGAGAUGGGGUUUUAUGAGACACAGUCACUGUCCAACAGUAUAUUACAGGAACAUUAUGCGAUCCGAACGCCGGACCAGUUUUACUCCUGGCUUGAAGAGACCCUGUUGCCCACCCUCCACCCGGCUUCCUGGUACAACGGCUGGAAAAUUAAGUUCUUGGACCGACAGUUUGCACAGAACACCGAAUCCUUCCGCCUGGGUCCGCCGCGUUUGGUACAAGUUAGACAACUUCCAGGUACCAAGAAGACUGACAAGCACGCCGGUCUCGGUUGGACUUCUCUUGUUGGGAACGUGUCUAACAACUGCUGGCGAUUUGCAGUUCCAGACCUCGGAAACCACCCAGACUACAACUCACCCUGCACAAACCAUCAUUCUCUUGACUUCCCCCUGGAUGCCAGUACGUCUGCGUCCGUUUUCCGUACGCUGAAAGACUUUGAGUACGUCGACAAAUACACAGAGUCCUUGGAAAUUGACAUGAACUUUUACAACCCCAACCUAAAGCAGUUUAGUGUGGUGAGGAUUUUCGUGGAUCAUCCCGACAUUGGGAACCUCAUGCCAACAUCAAUAAUCACCGCGUUCAAAAUGUUUCAGUACGAGAGUGGGAAUGACUAUGUCCAUCUUCUCCUGCAUAUUGUCUUCGUUAUUCUCUUCCUUGUUAUGCUUUAUAAGGCAUUUAAGUCAAUGAAAGAACAGGGCUGGACAUAUUUCACCUCGCCCUGGAAUAUUCUCGAAUGUGUCGUCCUCAUUGGAACGGUGAUGAUCAUUUCUGUCUUCAUCAAGAGAUACACAGUGGCAUCUGCUACACUCGACAUGGUGGCUAAAUCCAAUGGUGAACUUGGGUUUGCCAACUUUGUGGACCUGUCAACUGCUGCAUGGUGGGAUAGUGUCUUCAAGCACAUCUUGGGCGCUGCUGUCUUCUUCAACACCAUAGCACUGAUUCGCGUCGUCCGCUUCAGCCAGACGAUCAGCAAGCUUCUGGCUCUCCCAAGCAUCAUGAAGAAGGAACUAACGUCGUUCUUGGUUGUUGCUAGUAUCGCUUUCGCGGCAUUCAUCAGUUCAGGACACCUUAUUUUUGUGUGCCACCUGGAGUCUUACACUGACCUGUACCGCACGACGCUCGCUCUCUUCGAGAUGAUGCUCGGCGCGUUCGUCACAGAUCACGUGAUGGAAACCAAUCCGCUCCUCGGGCCGAUUUACUUCUCCACCUUCAUGAUAUUCGUCUUCAUCCUCCUGGUCAACUUCCUCAUGACCAUCAUCUGUGACGCCAUUUCCGCUGACGUAGAGGUCGACCAUGACCGUGACCUCGCCGAGCACAUGUGGAGACGCUUCUUAGCAAUGUUGGGGGUACACAACUCAGAGGCUACAGAGAGCAAACCAAGUGAGUUGAAAAUUGAAGAGCUUCAUGCCAACCUACGCAUUGUCCGAGAGAAACUGGACGAAAGCCUCGACAUCUGUGACUCCAUCCUCCCUUCAAGUCGACAGAGGGACAGUUUCAAGAUGGAGGUAUCACACAACCGAACAUGGGCCACUCGUAGUGUCCGCUGUCCUGUCAUCAAAGUAACAACAAGCGUUCAACUCAUUGAAGAGUAGUCACCAUAGAUUUGAAAGACGCGAUCAACGACAAAAUAUAUAUCAAAUGGCAUGAAAGCUAAUCAAUGUUGCUAUAGUCCAUAUUGAAGUUAUUAGCUGUCUUUAAACACAACAAAAUUCGAGGUGAGCAAUUCAAUUUGCCGUGUUGACAGACAGCUAAAAACGUCAGUAUAUAUCAAAUGCAUGUAUAUUUGUAUUCCUAUGACAAAGAAGUAAGGCAUAACUUAAUGUCUGCAGAUAGUUCAAUAUCACUUGUAUAUCAGAAAACAUAUCGACAGUUACGCUCGUACAUUUGCAUUGAAGCCUUAUAAUCGCAUUAUUCGAGGAUUUGCAUAGACUGUAUGUUAUAGAAUCUGUAGAUACCACAUUUUGUAAAUACUGUACAUAACGUAUGUUUGUUGUGUUGAAAAACAGCUAAAAAGUUUAAUAUAUAUCAAAUGAAUGUAUAUUUGCAUUCCUGUGACAAAGAAGUAAAACGUCUGGACAGCGUAACUUAAUGUCCGUAUGUAGUUCAAUAUAUCGCUUGCAUAUCAGAAUACAUACUGACAGUAGACAAGUAGACUCAGUUUAAAUUUGCAUUGAAUACCUAUCUAAUCAUUUGGGGAUUUGCAUAGAGUAUAUGUAAUUGAAUCUGUAGAUAUGCCAAAAAUUGUAAAUACUGUACAUAACGUAUGUCUUUUAUGUAACGGUCAGUGGAAGAUUAGCUCAUCUGUUAUGCAUGAAUAACCGUCUGUCACCUUCUUCGGGGCUUACUGGCUAUGGUCCACACUGCAGCUAGGUGUCGCUGCUAACAAUGCGAUCUCGAAACGUGGGCACUGAUUGUACAUAGACAUUGGUUAUGAAUAAAGAACUUUGUUAUCCAAACUGGGUGGCGAUCCCUUACACUAGCAUGCACGUGAAGGUACAAAUUUA